UUUCCCCUUAAAAAGGUAGAUACAAUUAAAAACAAAGCAUGGGGCUGGUGAGAGGUCCCAGCCAUUAAGAAUGCUUGCUGCUCAAUCAUGAGGAGUGGAGUUCAGAUCCCAGCACCGACCUAACAAGCUGGGCAUCCUGUAUGUGUCUGUGACCACAGCUUUGAGGAGGGCAGAGCCAGAAGGAACACUGGUGAUUGCCGGGUUCCAGCUUAGCAGGAGAAGGUGAACCCUUAAUUCAAAAAGAGACCCUCCAAAGAAUAGGCAGAGUGAUAGAGAAGGACACCCCGUGCCCUCUUCUGGCCUCCACACGUGUACAGGCACAUGUGCCACCACACACAGGCACACACACUCACACAGGCACACACAUAAAGGCAUGGUAAUACACAUUAAAAAAAACAAAGACCACCAAAGGCCUCAGACCCUGGUUUUUGCACAAGAAUCAUCUACGAUGCUCCAACAUGUUGUCUCUCUCCCUCCCCCAGCCUGGUUCCCACCAUGAGUGCAGAGCUCAACGUGCCCAUGGACCCUUCCACCCCUGCCUGCCCCGAACCGGGCCACAAGGGCAUGGAUUACCGAGACUGGGUCCGACGAAGCUACCUGGAACUGGUCACUUCCAACCACCACUCAGUGCAGGCCCUGUCCUGGAGAAAGCUGUACCUGAGCAGGGCCAAGCUAAAAGCCUCCAGCCGGACCUCCGCCCUGCUCUCUGGCUUCGCCAUGGUGGCCAUGGUGGAGGUGCAGCUGGAGACACAGUACCAGUACCCACAGCCCCUGCUCAUCGCCUUCAGUGCCUGCACCACGGUGCUGGUGGCAGUGCACCUGUUCGCUCUGCUCAUCAGCACGUGCAUCCUGCCCAACGUGGAAGCUGUGAGCAACAUCCACAACCUCAACUCCAUCAGCGAGUCACCCCAUGAGCGCAUGCACCCCUACAUCGAGCUUGCCUGGGGCUUCUCAACCGUCCUGGGCAUCCUGCUCUUCCUGGCUGAGGUGGUGCUGCUCUGCUGGAUCAAGUUCCUCCCGGUUGAUGCCAGGGGCCAGCCAGGCUCCCAUAGCCACACGGGCUGGCAGGCCGCGCUGGUGUCCACCAUCAUCAUGGUACCCGUGGGUCUUAUCUUCGUGGUCUUCACCAUCCACUUCUACCGCUCCCUGGUGCGGCAUAAGACCGAACGCCACAACCGUGAGAUCGAGGAGUUGCAUAAACUCAAGGUGCAGCUGGAUGGGCAGGAGAGAAGCCUGCAGGUGGUGUGAAUGGGGCCUGCACGGUUUGGCACAGCCUGCAGGAGAGUGACCCUCAGGUGGUGUUAGCCACAAAGCCAUUACGCUGGUAGGAGUAGCUAAGGGGUUGUCAGACAAACCCUGGAUUUGUGAGAACCACCACGGCGUCACAAGAGCCACAGUGGGGAUUGCUAAGACUGCAGAGAUGCUGCCCAAUACUCCCAGACUCCUCGGAUGAAUAAAGGAGUGAGAAUGCCAUUUUAUCAGAAGCCAGAGGAGGAAACAUGAUCACAUGGCCCUGGGGACUUCCUGGAUCAGGGACAAGCUGAAAACACUUUGUCCUGGGAAGGGGUCCCAGAGGUCAUGAUAGAUCUCAGAUUUCUGGACCUUGUGACUGGCAGGGCAGGACUGAAUUCCUAAAGCCAGCUAAAGGGCUGGGGCUCAGUUAGUAGCUUGCCUAGUGUGCAGGAAGCCCUGGGUUUUGAACCCCAGCACUACAUAAACCAGAUGUGGUCAUCCCAGUUCUAGGGAGGUGGAGGAAGAAUCAGGAGUUCGAAGUUGUCCUCUGCUACAUGGUGAGUUUGAGGCUACGUGAGACACCGUCAAAGACGUGCAUGCAUGCAUGUGAGCACACACAUACAUACACACAUGAAGACUAGGCUGCUGGAGAGGGCAGAGAUGAGCCCAGGGCUGGCACAGGGUAACAUGGCUCAUAAUGACACACAAGGAUGUGGUGACUGACCUGUGGUUCAUCUUGGUGCUUUCCUCCAACUCUGGAGGGUAUCAUGGGGUGUUUAGGAUCCAGGGGCACACAGCAGCUCGACAAGGGUAACGGAUACCAUUAUUGGAAUCAGAGUUGCCUGGUCCUAGAGAGAUGACCCAGUGUGGGAGGCUUGGCAGGGUUGAGAAGAAAUGUCCCAGAGCCCUCCACCAUGGGCUCGCUGAGGUCAGAGAUGGACAUACCACAUGCAGCAGAUUCCCAUGCAGAGGUGUUCACCUCUUAACCACAAAAUGGGCCUGAGCCAGCCACCCCUGUGGACUGUGUCAACGCAGGCAGGGGCACCACCUCAGACCAGCCAGCUCAGCUCCCUGUUGCCUGUGGCCCCCAGAUGUUGAGAGGAUAAACUGGAGGGACUUCCUGUUUUAGCACAGUGGUUAGCCUGGUCUGGCCUAUGGCUGCGGCAGGGCCCUGUCCCAGCCUAACAUACACAGGUAUUUCUUAUGAUAGGCCCAGUCAACUGCAGAGAAGAGGGGAGGGACCUCAACACCCUGUUGCUGGCCCUGCCAGGACUCUGUGUAGGUUCCUGCCCCUGUAUUUGCACAGCUGUGCAUGAGUUUGGCAUUGUCGCUAUGGGCAUCUGGCCACCCAGCUGGUGUUACCGUCCAUACCCUGCAGUCCAGCACCAGUUUGCAUGGGAACACUGUGUUUACGCAUUUCUGCGGCAUCACCCAGACGGGGUUUUGAUCUCUUACUCUAUAAAUGGUCACUGGGCUCCUGCAAGUGCCACUUCUGUUUCUUACAACAGCUUGUCUCUGGAGUUUGGUGCUGUAGGAUCCUGGAGGGGCCGCCUGGAGUCUCUGGAAAUGGGUCACACUGUUGAGCAUAAACUUCGACACACAGAGGGCCCGGGGGAGCCUUUUGGAGCAUCUUCCUUGUAAACUGUGACAUCUUUGGGGAACUAGGACAUGGUGUCCUGUGAACCCAGGAAACUGCCCUCUGUUUUUCAAAGGCAUGUCCUUCAACACCCCUCCACCCCUGAAGACAUCUGUCGUGAGACCCUUGAGAUCUCAGACCUCUGUGCUUUCCUGGGGUCUUUGGGAAGGCUAGCUUAGUUUGAUUUGUUUGUUUUGCUGAAGGGUGCUAGAAUCAUGGGUGGGCAAGAUGGCUCAGUGGGUAAAGGCACUUGCCACCAAACGUGGAAACCUAAGUUCAAUCCCCAUCCUCUGACCUACACACAAAUAAAUAUAGUAAGAAAAUGGAUUUAAUAUUACAUGGUAAGAUGGCACAUGUGUCCCAUCAGGGAAAAGACAGGGUGACGUUUUGGAAUGAGUGGCUCCCACUGCUGUACACCUCUUGAAGCCAUGUUGAAGGUGGAGGAUGUAGCUCAGUGGGUUGUGUUUGCCUGUCAUACAUGAAGGCCCCUGGAUGAGAUUCUGUAUCACAUAAAGCAAACACGGUGGGAUGCAUCUGGAAUUGCAGCAUUCAGGUGACGGAGGCUGGAGGAUCAGGAGUUCAAGGUCAUGACUAGUUCAGGGCCAGCCUGGGUUUUUCAGACUCUAUCAAAAAGGUGGGAGGAGGCCGGGCACUGGGGAGGCAGAGGCAGGAGGAUCUCUGUGAGUUCAAAGCCAGCCUGGU